UCUUCCCCAACAAGAAAAUUUCCCCAACCCGAUAUAUACAUGCCGCCUAUGUACAAUCCCCGUCGCCCAUCGCCAGUUCGCCAUCCAUCCAUCGAUCCCUCCUACUCCUCCUUGACCACGACGGCGACGCGCGCGGCAAUGGCGAUCUCCUCCGGGCCGGCGGGCGCAGCCACGGCGGCCCCGCGCCGCAGGAGCAGGUCGACGGUGCUCCUGAUGGCCAACUACGCGGCGCUUCUGAUCGGGUCCGUCGUCUCCAGCCUGCUCUCCAGGUUCUACUUCGAGCACGGCGGGCAGAACAAGUGGGUGGUCACGCUUGUGCAGUCCGCGGGGUUCCCGACGCUCGUGGUCGCCGCGUUCCUCGCCGGCCGGCCCGUUUCCGCGCCUCGGCCGUUUCUUUGGUUCUCGCGGCGCUUCCUGGCCGUGUGCCUGUUCAUCGGCGCGCUCAUGGGCGUCAACAACCUGCUCUUCGCCUACAGCUCGUCGCUCCUGCCGGUGUCCACCUCGUCGCUGCUGCUGUCCACUCAGCUCGCCUUCACGCUCGUCCUCGCCGUCGCCAUCGUCCGUCACCCGCUCACCUUCGUCAACCUCAACGCCGUUGUGCUCAUGACGCUCUGCUCCGUGCUCCUCGCGCUCCGGUCCGGCGACUCGGGCGAGAGUCCGGACAGGAAGGGAUACAUCAUCGGUUUCGUCGUCACGCUCGGCGCCGCGGGGCUCUUCUCCGCGUACCUCCCCGUCAUGGAGCUGCUGUACCGGGAGGCGGUCUCCGGCGGGUUCAUCCUGGCGGUGGAGGUGCAGGCCGUGAUGCAGGCCAUGGCGUCCGUCGUGGCGGCGAUCGGACUCGCGGCGACCGGCGGUUUCAGUAACGAUGUGGCCCACUGGAAGGGGUCCCACGCCGUGUACUGGGUGGUGGUUGCGACGCUGGUGGUGACGUGGCAGGCGUGCUUCAUGGGCACCGCCGGCGUGAUCUACCUAACGUCGUCGCUCCACAGCGGCGUGUGCAUGGCCGCGGUGCUCACGGCCAAUGUCAUUGGCGGCGUCGUCGUGUUCGGCGAUCCUUUCGGCGCCGAGAAGGCCGUGGCCACCGCGCUCUGCGUCUGGGGCCUUUCCUCGUACCUCUACGGCGAGUACACCAAGAACAAGAAGAAAGACGCUGAUGAUCAGGACGACGACACCAUCCUCCCGGGCGCCCAUGACGACGGCGAGCACAAGAGCCUCACCGCCGGCAGCCGCGAGCCGGGAAGCGAAACCGUCUGAAGCAAACGGGACAGCGCCGGCCACAGGGGGUACGUUACAACAAAUGCAAUGGAAACUGAAAAUUUCUUACUGUAGACGUGUCAUCUACUCAUGUUACUUCGAUUAGUCAAUGAAUUAUAUUUACUGCUUACAAAGGGACAAGAAUGGCGUGGUGAUCAUGACCAAUGCUUGUUUGGUGCACUGCCAUGUAUCUUGGCUAGCUUGUGAUGUUCUCUUCAGGAUUUAUCACAGAAUGGAUGCAUGUUGCACUUGCAUGGGUGUGUGAAAAACUUGCACAUUAAUGUAGUACCAUCAACAGGGACAUACCAUCCAUAUAUAUC